UAGAAAGAGGAGAAAAAACUAAUUAUAGCUUAGCUGGCUAAGCUAAAGCCAGGAGGGCUGGCUGAUCUUGUUGUUUGUUUCAGUGCCGCUGCCGGUUGUGGUUGUGGUUGUGGUUGUGGUUGUGGUUGUGGUGAGAUUAGAGAGAGAGAGAGAAAGAGGGAAACAGAGGGAGAUGGAAGGCGGAGGAGAAUGCAACGGUGGCGGUGAGAAGAAGCCUUCUGUUUUAAAUCGGAUAUUGCUCAAAUACCGGCCGAUUGCGCCGAAACCGUUCACCGGAGGCACAGCUUUGGAUAAGCUGCCCAAGAGAACCAAGAGAAAGUACGUUAGGACGGUCCGCAAAUAUAAAGAAGAUGAAAACGGGAAAGACCAAAUGACGGAUGAGCAGCGCGUGGAGACACUGCAGCUGUUGCCUCAGAUCAUAGAGCAGAGUUGUAGUGACCUCUCCAAGCACUGUGGGGGAUCUAGCUGUGAGGUUGAUGCUAUGAUCGUUGAAGAUAACAAUCACUGGUUGAGCUUGAAUGGAGCCGGAGAUCCGACCGCGGCGGUGGGGAAGAAGCAGGUUGUUGUUGACAGCGUGUCAGAUCCAUCGGCGGUGAUGGAUCGGGUGGGAGGAGUGGAGUCGUGGGUGACGGUGGAGUGUGUGAGAGGCACAUGCAUGAUGGCUCCGAGUUCUUCUCAAGGGUUUGGGUUUGGUCUUUCCGGGGUCAGUGCGGACGAGGAGAGAAUGAGGAGAUUGGAGAGAGACGCAUGUCCGGGGUUCAUAUCGGACGGUUGGAACAGGGUGCAGUGGCUGAACGGAGCGUUUAGGAGGAUGGUGAUGAUGACGACGCAGCAACAACCGUUACCGGAGGUAACGGUGUGGUUAUGGAUGAAUGAGGAGCUCCCGCACACGACGAACUCGGCGUUCACGUGCCAAGUGAAACUGAAAUACACGGUGGUGGAGAGUCAGAAAAAGGAGAAGAACUACCACUCGCAGUUGGUGCCUUGUGAUUUGUGGAGGAUGGACGGCGGAGGAUUUGCAUGGCGGCUCGACGUUAAAGCUGCCCUCACUCUCGGCGGUUGAACCAAACUCCGUUAUAUCCGAUCAGGUAAUAUAAAUACAUUGUAAAAGAGGAAACUCUCGACUGGUCUAGUGUCCAUUAUUGUUUACUGCUCAUUUAAGCAUCUGGCUCGUCGUUUUGACCAAAAACAUAAAACAGAGAGACAAAACCCAGCUUGUGUUGCUGUCUAGACGGCGUUAGACUGGUCAUGGUAAAUAGUAAAAGUUAAAAACCUCUUGGAAGAUAAAAAAAAAAGAAAAAGAAAGAGGUGUGACAGUUAGAUCAACCUUUCUAACUGUAGAGAUAGUUCAUGUUUAGUGACUAUAAAUAGAUCGUGAAUCGGUUAUAUUAUGGGUGUGUUUAUUAAACUUAAAUGGAGUUUAGAAGGAGUCAGAGAAAGAGUGGGGAAAGGGAGAACGGAGGUGGAGAAGAGUCACUCCUGGUAAGAUGUUUGCUACUGCUUGGAAUCGGAAUAGAAAUGCAUGGCUAUUUUUUAAUUGUUGAAAGAUGUAAGGGUGUUUUGAAUUUUGAGUGAUUAGAAAAUGUUUUCGAGGGUAUUUAUGGUAUGAAAAAUUGACUCCCGGUAAAAUUGUCUUCUCUAACUUACUACUUCCUAAGGUGUUAAAGUCUUUCACAAGCUCGUAGAUAUCAGUUGCUUAAGAUUGACGUAACUUGUGAUGUGGUUUGAAGGAUGUUUAUAGAGGAAUUUAAGUCGAAAUUGAAGUGAGGUUGUCAAACCCCUCUCACUUUUAUGGACCAAUUACUUUUCGGUAUUUUUCAAAGAAAAAUAUAGGUAAAUGAGAUAUCUUUGACAUAAACUAACCAUAGAGCAAUUAACCUGAUAUUUUCAACAAUAAGUCGUUUUCCUAA